AAUACAUAUCGUCAAAGCAUCCUCCGAGAGGUGAACCGGACAACGUCACCGUGGGCUUUCCCAAUCCUUAGUGAAUGUGACACUUUUACCCACUCUGUCCUUGGCAAAGCGCUAGCAAGACCUCCCUCCGCUCCAGCUACCGAAGAACCCUCCCACCUAUUCUUCUCUUGUUACGCAAUUGGACCCACGAUAUAAUCCAGCCGCUCUGCGACUCAGCCCAUCAAUUCGAGUUAUAUAGGUCACUGCGACAAAUCUGUCGCUGCACUCGCUCACAGUGAAGCGACCGCGGACGAAGAAUCUUGUAGGCCCAUCUCGACUCCGCCCGACCUACGUACUAUUCUCCUAAAUCCACCACAGUUUGGUUGGUUACGACGGUCGAGCUAGAACUCAGGCCGCAUUGCACCUAAGACUCAUUUUCACUGGCCCGCAUACCAACCUUUCGCCUAGUACCACCCAAGCAAUCGCUGUUCUUGCAGCAGUUGUACACAGUAACAUGGCAGAACUCAACGGCAGACAGCUGGCCAUUCUAUUGCAGAAUUGGAACCAUUCAGUCAUCAAGCCUUUCCUUGCCACAGCCGCAGCGGGUCUAGCAGCCAUUACUGUCUACGAGAGAGGGAUUCCAAUCGACAUCGAUAUCAAGCGGCUCAACCAUUUCAUAGCACACCUCGCCGCGCCUGAGUUAGGGAGGGGUCUGUACACACCUGAUAAAUACAUGAGCCCUGGCCAUCCGACAACCCAGAUCUUUGGAAUCUUGGAGCCAGAACUAUCUUCUACCGCUAAGAUCACCGCCCGUACAAGCGUCCCAGAACUCUCAGAUAUUCUUAGUAGCAUGGAAACCGAUGGCGCAAACACACAUUUUCAGACCACGCCAGACAUCCCCACUAUCAUCCAUCAUAUUGGCAGUGACGGUACACACGCACACCAAGCGACGUCACAUCUCAUCACACCUACUCCGGUACUUUCAUCACAUAUUUCGGGAGCACCAUACACUACCACAACUCUUUUGAACGACACACAAGCGCAGAAUGCUAGCAUUGUUAGCAACGGUGGUGCUCUCGGCCUUGCUACAGCUGGCCUUGUGGCUACAGGGGCUAUCUUCUUACACAAGAAGUUUAGCAACUACAGAAAGGCCCAAGCGCGGAGGCUUACCGACGAGCAACUGAUAGCAUAUUUGAUGCUACAGCUCGACGAUUUCAAGGCCUCCAAAAUCACAGAUGGACAACUCAUAGCACAUUUGAAGCUACAGCUUGAUGAUGCCACGGCUUCCAAGUUCAAGAUUGAGACUGCGCUUAAGUUGGCGGAGAACGACCUGCGCAUGUCCAACGAAGAUAAGAACCGGCUCCGAGGGCAACUAUCUGAAUCCAGUACCCUUUCUGAUAGACUCAUCCAAGAUCUAGACAAAGCAGAGUUGGAGGGAAAUCAGAACACCAAGAUGAGUAAUGAGAUCAUCAAGCGUCUGGAAGAGUCUGUCGCCGUCUUAGAGAAGAACCGGAGCACAGAGAUGCAAGCAAAGAGCCAACUCCAUGAUGAGCUAUCUGAAGCACAGUCGACUGUCAGCAUUCUCCAAGAUGAGAAAGCUGCUCAUGACCUUGAAGUUCAGAAGCAGUUACGAGCGUUCCGGCUAGAUAUGGUCGAUCUUACCAAUAAGCUUCACUCUGCAGAUGCCGAAAAGACCAAGCUUAUGGAUCAGCUAGCAGCCAGUGAUGCUGCCGCCGAAAUUCUGCGCCAAGAGGCGCGUGAAGCAAACAUCGCUCUCGAGACUGCUAAAGAAAGGAUCUCCCAGCUCGAGAAGGAGAAGACAUUCAGCGACUUGUGCAAGCAAAGCGUCUCUAAGACUUGUGGUGAGGUUGACGACGAUGAUGACCCCAAUCAUGGCACCACUGGCUCGACCGAAGGCAGUCAGCAAGAUAGCUUACAGCAGGAGGCUUAUCCAGCUAGUACGCCAGAAUCGUCUUCACAAGCUAUCACUGUUGAGGGCGAUGAAGAGCUGCCACAAAUGUCGAUGACAUCUUCAGUUCCACUGUGUGGCGAACUGAAUAUCCCCCGUCGAAAGAAGCGUGAGUUUUGGCACAGUCACUGGAGAGACAUCAACUCAAAGAAACCCUACUUUGAUGACGCAGUGUAUGAGCUGGAGCUUCCAUGUUUCGAUGCUAGGUUCAGCAGCAUUGGGAUAGUACGUCCGGCAGAGAACCACGAAGAUCGGACGUUGGAGAGCGGGAAAGUGGUCGAGCACACCAAGUGCAAUCUCUGUCUUCAGUGGUACACGAAGAAAGACAUGUACGAUCACUUGAAGACUUGCAAGGCUUUUUGGGAGCUUGCUGUACGUUGUGGUCAUUGCAAAAAGAUCUUCAAGUACAACACUGCUUUCUUCGACAAACAUGCUCCAAAUUGCGAGACGAGGUCAAUGGAGGAUGACUGCUCAGAUGAGCAUUUUACCCUUGCAAAGUCUGGAGCCGACGCGACCACGACACAGAACUCUCAGCAGGUCAGCCCGAGCUCCAGUGUGUCCAUUGUCCCUGGAAAGCAGAUCAACCCCGACGCGCCACCCUUCACGCCCGGAGGCUCACUACCAGGCCACGAAAAACCUAUCCCUACUGGUCCUCGCUAUACCGGGUCAAAUUUCCAGCAAGGUCGAGGUGCAUCAUUCACCGGCCCACAAUCUACACGCUCACCUCGAAACACGCCCUACAUGACGCUACGCGGCGUCUCGCCAGCUCAUGGAUCGGGGUUCGGAACACAUUACCCAACUGCCUGUCCUCCCAAUGGACCCCAGGCAUAUUCGGCGCCGCGCGACAAUUCGCAGGCGCACAGAUAUCCUGGACAGCAACAGCAAGGCUACCCACAGACUCCUCAUACUUUCUCUUCGUUCGGCCCAGGCUACAUCCCCCGAGGAUGAUAUGACAGAUUCCGAUCAGCUCAACACGACAUGCGAGAUGAAGCGAGCCCUGCCUGACCUGCAAAUAGGGAACAAUAGAGUGGCCAGAACGAAGGAACGCCAUUGAAUACAUAUUGGUCGAAGACAGCGAGUGGAUGCUGGACGCGGUAACAAUAGCAGAUAUUGUCAUUUGGUAUGCAGGGAUAGAAACACGGGUAGAGAUAGGUACGGGCUCGGGGGCAUCGAUCUCAUAGUAUUGAUGUCACAUAAGCAUGGGAGGUGGGAUGAAAUUCAGAUCUGAGGACAACGAUCUCAUAGUAUCGAUGUCAUAACAACAUGUCCAUGGGAUGACGAAAGUAUUUAGUCUGCAGCUCAGAGAAACCAAGAAAGAGUUAUGGAUUUGACCUGUAUGCG